UCAUUUUUUAGUCAAGUGCAAUGCCUUGCAGCCAAGUUCUUCAAUUGUAGACCCAAUAUCUUCUGGUAGUACGCAAGGAGUAAGGCCUUGUGCCUCUCCUUCAUGUACUUGGCUAUGGUGUAUGGCUUGGACCCACUUGUCUCCUUCAGAGCUGACAGAGCCUCCAUCAUCCGAUACUUGGUUUUUACUUGCUGAUUUGGGGUACUUUUGUUCUGUGGUCCAAUGCUUGGCCAUCUAGGAUUCAAACCAGUCGCCCAUACUCUUCUUGCUCUGCAGCUUCCUGUAUUUUAACCAACGGUUGAUCAUUGGUAAAACUUUAUUCUCUACUUCUUCUCGAUUGAUUGGAUUCUUGCUUCUUUUCCUGAAGUGAUUUCGAAUGUCAAGAGUUGUAAAAUAUAGUGGUGUCAGACAAAUGCCAAUGACCAAGUUGCAUGCUCGACUGAAGCAGCCUUAUGCUUUCUGGCGCGCGAUUUAAAAAAAUGCUGCAGUUUGAGUCUAUUUUUUGCUGUUGAUUCUUCUCGCUGAGGUUUAAAAUCAUAACAUCAUGAGGUUGCUCAACCAAGGCUGACUUUGGAUAGAUGUUCAAAGAGAUUCGAUCUUUUUAUUUGGAAACUCAGAUUCAGGAGACAAUGAACUCUUGCCCAGAUAACCUCUCCUCUCCUUGCAAGAAGAUGGUUAAGGAUGAGGUCAAGGUUCCAGAGUCGAUUGAGGAGACAAUAAACUCUUGACCAUAUGAUCUCCUCCCCUUGCAAAAAGAAGGUGAAGGAUGGGGCAUCGUGCAUGGUUCCGGAGUUGGCAGAGUUGGAGUUUCUUAUUAUGAUUUCAGUAUCCGCCAACUUCAUCUGCUUGAAGUUUGAGAAGGUGGUAGCGCUGAAUUUCCCUUGGUUGAUAUAUGAUGAAACAUCUGACGCUCCUGCUGUGAAGCUUGUGAAAAGUUCAAUUUUCAGCUAUGAGCAACCCAUGUCACAGCUUAGCCACAAAUUGAAUUUGUGUCUAGCCUGGAAAUCAGCAAGAAGCAAUUACAGGAUGUUACUAUUGCCCCUUACCUUUCAUAGCUUCUAGACAGCAUGCAGAACCCUCAAAUGCUUUAAUAUAUGGCUUGUCACUUGAUGUUGUUACCAUUGCCCCUUGCCUUCAUGACUUCUACUGUUGAUGCCCAAUUUUAAUCUUGAAUUCUUUAGCAUUGAUUAUCUGAGUUUUGGGUUACUCAUGCUGCAUUAUUGGAAAUUUUUAUUUUAUUUUUAUUUUUUGAUGUUGGGGAAUCUCUCCAAGGCAGGGCCCUUCGGACAAAAUUUUUGUGUUUAUUACCAAACAAAUGAGUUACAAAUUUACUUGGUUUAUGAGUUUUUGGUUUCUCAAGCUGCAGUAAGCUAUGAAAGACGAAGAUGAAUUUUGAUGCAUCUCUUAUUUCCUUUUUAAGAUUAGGUGUAUUAGCCUAUGCCUCUUGGAAUCUUCCCUAUUGGGUGCAUCCUAUUGGCUGCUUUUAGGAUAACUAGUGCUUAUCAUGGAGAAAAAAAAAGGUGAAAAUUUUAAUAGGUACUUGUAACUCUGGUUGCUGGCCCUAAUAAAUACUUUGAUGUAGUGUGGGUUCAGUUAAUAGGGUAGAGAUGCUGUUAGGAUGGUUAACCCACAAACACGAGGACAAACCUCCUCGGGAAUAUUUUGAAUUUCUCGAUAUCUAAGUGCGUAUUUAACCUUGGGUAGCACUGGCAUACUUGUAAAUUAAAGAUUUUUUGGUUAACGUCA